AUGGCACCACCUGAUGUGGCCGCUGCUGGCACUCCAGCUGGGUACGGUCGAGCCUGUACAGCCUGUCAGAGGGCCAAGUGCAAGUGUAUCCUGAGGCCUGGAGGUCAAAACUGCGAACGGUGCUUUCGUCUAGGCAAGUCAUGCCAGCCAAUGACAACUUCACGAAGAAGAGUUGCCAAAAAGACGACGUCUUCGAGAACGGCACAGCUCGAGGAGAAGCUCGAUGAUCUCGUCUCCAUCUUACGUGCAACUCAGUCUGCCAAUGGUGCCCAUCCACAAACUCCCCCUACCACUACUCCUGGCUCUACUGCGACACAUCCUCCUCCCAACUCCUACUGUCCCUCGUCUGUACUUCACACCCCCAGCCGUUUAGACUCGCUAGCGACUGCUGCCACUUCAUCCUCGGACAACUUUUCGAGCAUGCCCCAUGCUUUCGGAACUACUAGCUCAAUAGAAACCCCGAUGGAGUCGGCAGCGCUUCCCAGCGAUGACAGCUACCUGCUUCCAGAACCGACACCGGCAGAGGCAGAGGUCUAUCUAGACAAGUUUCGGUCUUGGCUACCAAGAUUUCCCUUUAUGGUCUUGCCUAAAGAUCAGACGGCCGAGAACCUCCGCAAAGAGAAGCCCUUUCUAUGGCUGUGCAUCAUGAACAUCACCACCACAUCCCACCCUCAGCAAGUGAAGAUGAAGGAGCGUAUUCGUCAAGAGGCCGCUCAGAGGGUCAUCGUUGACCAUGAGAGGAGCAUGGAUGUUCUUCUGGGACUUGUUUGUUACACUGCUUGGGCCACGCUAGUCUCUGGGCCUGGCACAAGACCCUUCAUCAUCACAUUCUGCCAGCUGGCCGUCACAUUGGUUUAUGACCUCAGCUUGAUGAAGGCCCCGAUUGAGGAGCAGUACUUUACAAUCUGCUUCAAAAUGUGGGGAGGCCGGCCUCCUCCGCCCCGGCUCCGAACCCCGGAAGAGCGGAGGACCGUCGUGUCACUCUGGUUUCUGACUUCAGUGAUAUCCUCCUUUGUCGGCAAGAUGGACACCCUCCGCUGGAGUCCGCACAUGGAGGACUGCCUCAUAAACCUAGAGAGGGAGAAAGAACAUCCUUCUGACGAGGUGCUGGUCGCCUUUAUCAGAUACCAACUCGUUGCCGACGAAGCACAGAAGCUUUUGGUUCGCGAUGUCAUGGGCGAGUCAAGCCAGGCGCCCACGUAUGUCUUUAGAAAGGGCCUCUUAAAUAGGUUGCAGGAGAUCCGUGACGGGUUGUCACCAAGCCCAGCUCCGAACAAAGUGCUCGAGGCCCAUUCGUUGGCGACCGAGGUCCUGGUGAACUCGGUCGGACUCUUCAUGCAGACCAUUCCCAUGAACCAACGCAUUGAAAGCAUGUACUCAUGCCUCAAGGCAAUCAGGGCAUGGUAUGAUGUCUUCUUUAGCAUACCACCUGAAGACCUUCCGGGCGCACCCUUUGCUCUCUAUAUACAGCUCUCGCAGAUUCAAGUUGCCCUAUACCGGCUCACGACCUCAGAGGAUCCUGCCUGGGACAAGGAUCUGGUUCGAAACACGGCCGACUUGCUCGUGCUGCUCGAUCAGGUCAUCGAAUUGUUCACGCGAUUGGAUACGAUAUACCCUCUAAGGGCGAUGAUGGAUGAGGAUUCGUUAUUCACCAAGGGGGCCAUGAUCAUUCGCAACAUCCGCUCUUCAUGGGAACCUAUUUUGUCGCGACAUCUGGGAAGCACGCCAUCAUCCUCGAGUCAAGUAGUCCCCACUCGAGCAAGAAUGACACCAAAUCCGGCCCAGACCUUUAUGAAUCUUCCAGACCCGAAUCUUCUCGACUUCGGGGACAUAACAUGGAUGUCGGACGUCUUUGGGCCGUGGGAGAUGUGA